AUGAUUAUCGAGCAGCUUGAGCACGAGAGAAACGCCAUGGCCAACACCAUAGAAGAAAAGAUGCAAGAACAUCAGCACCUUCUCCAGGUGAAGAUGGAUCUGGGCAUGGAAGUGGCUGCCUACAGGGCUCUCCUGGAAGGUGAGAGAGUGGGUCUGCAAGACGCUCAUCAGAGGGUGAAUCAGCAUCAGAGAGAAAGAAUAAUAGAUAUCAAGAUGCCGGCCCAACCCUACAAACCAAGAGCUUCCAUCCUAACAACCAGACCACACACAGAUAUCAGGUACAGGCCACAGACGUCGAGCCUGAGUAGAUCCCCCGUGCGUCCCUCUGGGUCCAUAAGUCCCUCUAGAAUCAUUCCUAUUUCAGUUGCAAGCAGAGAUCGUUAUCAAAGUCCUGAAUCCAGAAGGGACAUGAUCUCAUUCAGCAAAGCUCGGGCUGCCGCUUCUGCCACCACCACUGCUGCCAAAGAUGAACAAACAAGCAAGAGUGAAAACCACAUGAGUCACAGUAUGCAAAAACCAGCAGCAAUGGAAAACCAAAUCAGUCCCAUCAAGUCUUCUACUGCUGAGACAAAAUCGGUGAGAGUUGUGUCACCGCCUAUGACGAGGCUGAGCACGAAAACUGAACCAGAAAACAAAAAGCAACUUUUGGAUGAAGAGGAGAUGGAUUCUGUUUAUGACAGUGAGUUUGAAGACAAAGGGAGAAGAGAGUAUACGAUAAGCCCAAGUGAGAAGAAGAUAUUAGACUCUGUGUCUGUAGAGGAGAUUAUUGAGACAGUGAUAAAACCAGCUGGUUUGGAAGCUAAGGUUUGCUCAUCGGGAGAAUCCAAGGUCAGAUAUCAUGUUGAGAAAAUCGAGCAGGAGGAUGGCACAACUAAAACACAGAUUGUGCUGGAGUCCAAAGUGGAGGAAGAGCUGGAUGUUUCUGAAGACUCGGCCCUGGACGAACUUAUGAGCCAAGGCGUGAAGAAGGUGUCACUGGAGGACAUCAAGGACACGGCAACAGGAAGCAUGAUCAAGAAUUUAUUAAGUGGCCUGCAGGGAGCAGAGAACCUGCAAAAUAAGUCUGUCAAUGUGGAAAUCAUUGAAGAACCGGUGGACUCUCACAGUGAUGAGGAGCUUGAGGUUGAGGAGAAGUUCAGAUCCACUUUGCAUGACCCCUCCUCAACAUAUUUCCAAAUUGAGGAGCUAGAAAAUGUCCCUGAUGGAUGUAGGGGUGAUGAUGAUGCCACGAAAUCCUCCAUGACAGACACAGAUCAGCCCAAGGGUGGAUCUGUUUAUGUUCAACAGGUCUCUAGACAGAGUGAAUCUUCAUACUUCUCCCAUGACCAAGAGCCUCAAGAGUAUUUUGUCUCCACACCAGAUGAGAACCUUUCUGAAACCGAGGAUGGUGGUGGCAUGUCCUCUUAUGGCCAUUAUGGCAUUGUCGAUGACCUGUCAGAUGAGAGGUACUACCAAGAUGAAAGUCUUCCAUCAAAAAGAGUGAUUGUAGAGGAACACGAUGAAUACAAGUUCAAGUCAGACGACCACUCUUUUGUCAAAGAGAAUUUCCCAGAAUGCAUCAUCGAAGAAGAGAUUUGUGUUUCCCCUGUAGUACAGGAGUCAAUGCUGGAGUUCCUAAGAGAGGACUCUUUGGAGCCCAAGGAGCAGCUGAAGGGAGCUCUAGAGAAGCUACAAAGCUCAGUUUCUGGUCCUCUGAGGGAGGAGUUGGCUUUCCUCACUAGAGUGAGUAAUGAGAGUCCUCAGAAUGUGGCUGUCAAAAAAGUGCAGCAGUCAAGUGACAAUGGAACCAUGACUAUAGUUGCCGAGCUAAAUGUCUCUCAAACUCUGGAAGACUCUGGGCUGCUGGAGGAAGGAGAUGAUCUGUCUGAGGAGCAGAUCAUGGCAGCAUUCAGAUCGUCCAACCUUGGGUUUGAGCAAACCCUCCAGGGUGGUGCUGGAGGAGGGUACAGCUUCAGAAUUGCCAAAGAAGAGGAUGUUGCUUAUGGCAAAGAGUUUGAAGGCUUUGCUAACCAAGGAGAAUCUGUGUCUGAAAUCACUGAGAAAUACAUCAAACUCGAGCCAUCAGAGAAAUCCUCCACUUUCCAGAUGGACAUACAAGGCAGCCAUUCUGAGGCAUCUUCAGAGCAAGAGCUGCAGUCUCAAGCCACAGAGAAACCACUGAAGAUUUCUCAAGAGAAAAGAGUUGCAACAAUAUACCUUGAAAGUCAAGAUGAUGAAGACAGAAUUCAGUCAGAAAUAUUUUAAAUUACAUACCUGUCAGUCGUAUCAAUUGUUCGAACUACAGAUACAGAGAGGUCAAAGGGCAUAAAUGCUUAUAGCAGACAUUGAAAUAAUGCUAUAAGCAGUAUAUUUUAGCAGUACAACAUUUGAUAGCUAAUUCAUUUUGGUACUCUCUUUUACUGUGCCUGCUUAAAGAGUGUUUUACCUCAAAUUUAACUGCAUACAUAGACAUAUUUGGCUCGUAUUCAGGUUUAUAAUUUUAAUUUGGGUUAUUUGAAAAGAUUUGCAUGCUCGAAAAACACAUCCUUUUCUCUUACUGUCCAUUGCUGUAGCACUUCUUAUCAGCCUCUGUCUGAAACACUUGGUUUUAGCUCCUGUCUCUUAACAUAAUGAUAAAGCCUAGUCUGCUCUGAUUGGUCAGCUGGCCCAAUCUGUUGUGAUUGGUGAACCACUUCCAGCGUGUGUGGGAUGUGUUGGCCUCCAAUUUUAAUUUAACUGGCUUCGCUAGGGGGCGUGCCAGGCUAGCCGCUAGGUGUACAUUAUGUUAUGGAAAUAGUUUCCGCAGUAAUAUGAUAAAAAUUAUGCGAGCUUAAAUUGGGAUUGUAACAUCAUAGGAAUGUUUAGGGUUGGUAAUAAUGAUGGAGUGUUGCACUAGUAUGCUUUAUUAUUUUUUAUAGCUUGCAGUCUAUUUUCAAACUAUUUUGUUUACUCUCUUUAGAUUUCUCUAUUUUUGUACUAACCUGUACUGCACAGCUUCAACAGACAGUUUACAGCACACCAUCAACCCAACUAACACAUCAUAGCCCGUGUCGGCCAUGAUGUGAUAGCUGUGAUAGUUGUGAGGUGCUGGGCACCCUACGCAGGCCUUUUUUAUUUUUCUCUGGCACUGCUAAUGGAAUGAUGUAGGUGUAGACUGCAUCCUGGAACACCAUGGUUUAUUUUAAGUUGUCAGGAGUGUGAACAGAUUUAUAGUUAAGAUUUUGGCUGGUGGUGUAAGGGGAGUGAAGAAAUAGACGAUAAUUUGUCUCAUGAUAUAUUGUAAGUUUUGAAUUCUGAGGUAAAGGUGUAGUUCAAGUAAUGUUGAACUUAGAAGUGUUGGUUAAGUAACUCACAAAGUUAGAUAUGGUCAGAUGAUUAAACUAGAAUAAUGGCACAUCACACAUUUCAAAAUAAGAACUGCCCAUUUUAUUACCUAAUAACGAAAUGCAGGUUACAUAAUCAAUGUAAACAAUAUAAAAAUGUUUCUAUAAAGUUUAUUUCAUGGUAUGUGUCAAUAACAUUUAUUAUUUCUCAAAUGCAAAUAUUUAGCUCCAAUAUUGUGAUUUGUGAGUCAGUAAUUAAAAAUGGUGGAUUACACCAUUUAAAGUAAGCAAAGAGUAAGGUGACGAAAUGAAAAGAAGCAGCAGGAACUUAAUGAUUAAAGGAUGCAGCAAGUGUUGUGAAAGACAAUAUAAUAACAUUGAGUUUUAAUGUCAUGUCUAAUUUUAAUUUCAUGUCUCAACACCGUUUGCUUGUCCACAUGUGUUUGUUAUCACAACGUUGGCUUGAGGGAUUCACCUUUACUCUGACAUAGCAGUGUGUUCAUGACAGUGACUAUUUUUGGAUCGACCGCUUAGUGGCACCGAGCCGUCACUGGGGUUUGUUGUGUUGUGUUCUUGUUGCAGAGGCAGAAACGGUCUGUUUAUAGUCUGUCUAAGUGUUUUACACAUGUUGUCUUCAUGGCUGUUCUUAUUUAAACCUUGCAACCACUGAGCAAUGUCUUCACAGAUUGGCUUUUUUUCACUCUCAUGUUAAAAUAACAUGCGGAAAUAAAAUGUUCAGUGUGAAUGCCAUGCUUUUAUAUACAUCUCUACAAAAGAAAUUCUAUUUAAAAUUUGUUGCAUUAAAGUGCCCAGAUACAGGAGAUUUCCAAAGAUUUUAUCAUCUGCUGAUCACAGUAACUUACAUAUUAUAUUGUUGUACUUAAAAUAUUAACAAGGAAUUUUUGUAAGUGUAUACUGUAUGUCUGUACACAUUGUAAUCUGGAUACCAUGUGCCAUGUCAGAGCAUAAACAAAUCUUUACAAACCUGUAAAGAAUGUUUGAGUCAGUUUAUUUCAGAUGUUCACCAUGGAUACCCCAACAUCAUCGCUGUUAUUGACAAACUGAUGAUUUCUCCUGAACAAAUGACAUUAAUGCUUGUUUAAAAUUGGUUCCAGCCAUAACUUUGUAAUUGAUUCAUUUCUUAACACGAUUAAAAGCUAUUGUGGGUA